UACGCGAAAUUGAUUACCCGGCUUCCGGUCCGUCUGCGUUUCUCUCUUUACUCCUCUUCUUUCCAUGUAUCGUUGAGAGCGUGUUGCUUGCCGAUAAUCGUAAUUUGAAAGAGCUAAAAGAUAAGUAUAGUGGAAAGGAUUGAAGACGAUUGUAUACGGUAAUAAUGGCGGCGACAAUGAGAUGUAUGUUGAGACUCAAUGUGCGAUUGGCCAACAGUACUUUCCAGAGAAAUAACUUCCUCAAUUCUUGCAGAUAUUUGUAUUCAGACAAUAGUUUGGGUUUGCAAGGCUAUGAAAAUGCACGAUUAAACUUUCGCAAUCAGUUUUUAAAUGUGGAGAAUACAUUCCGCAACAAGAUGGAGGAAGUAUGCAAUGCAGAUUCGAGUGUCGUCUUUACAGAAGAUUUAAAGUCUAUGUUGCAUUUAGUUCAGAAAAAACCUGAAGAUAUCGAGCUGCUCAUCAAGAUGUUGACAAAAUUUAACUCUCAAAGCAAGGAGAUGAGAUUUGGUACUUUUAUUUUUGGCCCUGUAGUGAUGCGUGCCUUCUAUUACCUGGAUGAACCAGAUCUCGCGUACACUGCUUUCAAAGAUCCUAAAUUUGAGAACUUCUUUAAUCAAGCAAUCAGUUACCAGGUUCUCUUAUCUCUGUUAUAUAAGCAUGAAAAAUAUGCAGAGAUGAGAGAUGUGUUUGACAUAAUUAAGGUCAGACCCACAGAAACUGGAUAUCCCAAAAGUUGUUCAAUACUAGUUAUGGCUGCUUGUUACAAGGAGAACACACCAGAGACAUUGGACUAUGGCUUAAAGAUCUGGAGAGAAGUAGAAGAAAAGGGAUAUCGAAUCCUUCGUAGAGCCGCGACAUUUUUAGCAGCUUUAGCUAUUAAGCAGGAUGCACCUCAUAUAGCUAUAGAAAUUUUAUGUUCAUUAAAAGAGGCCCGAUAUAUUCAUGUAAGAAAUUUGAAAAUUAUAGCCUAUACAGAUUUGAAGAGGUUUACUGAGAUAGUGCCCAUACUUCGGUCCUCACUAGAACAUGACAGACCGCACAAUCUUCAAAAAGAACAAUAUUUCAGUGAUGUAAUUGAAAAGCUGGAGGAAGCUAUGACAAAGGAGAAUAUCCCAGAAGAUUUUGAACUUUACAAACUGAUUAAUUUACUGAAGAAGGACGAAGGAUACAUUACACCCGAUACUUGGGAAGAGAGUAUUUGCAAGGAAAUAAAAAUCGAUAGAACAAAAAAGAGGAACAUUGGCACAUCACAAACCGAUAUUCUACAGCGACCGCGGAUGUUAACACGUAACAAUAGUAGACCGGCGUUGCGAGAUCUUUUGUAAGUACGUUUAUGGAAAUGUCCAUACUGAAGUUGUAGAAUGUGUCUCGUAUAAGCCGAUGAUUAAUUUGCCUGAGACAAAUUUAAGAUUAAACCAAUGUAUGAUUAAAUAAACGUGAUUUGAUUCGACUGAUGAUGUGGGGACGAAAUUACACUUGUUUUUAUUAAAUGAUAUUUUCUUUGUUCAACGCAUCUCUCAACAAGUUGGUUAAUGAAAUUAAAUAAAAGACUUAUAAAAUAA